AUGUUCGAAUUUGAGUGGACAGACUUCGACCGGGAGACCAUCGGCGAGCACCGCAGGAAGAAGGAGCUCGAGCGACGUCAGCAGGGCGCAUACAAACCUGAUCAAGAGGCACCGGCAACACGCAGUUCGUUGUUUUCUGACAUCAAGGCGCCCAGUCUCUUCAAAGGGUUUGGCUGGAAGAAGAGCUUUGUUCCUUCGAACAAGACGGAGAGUCUCAGAGUUUCCAGCACCAUCUCUACUGCGCCUAAGAACCAUUACAGUACCUGGAACCAUAAGAGCUCGACCCAGGCAGCUCCUCCUCUUCCUCCGCGACCAUCUGGGACCGUCUUACGUCGGCAAACGAAUAAGAAAGAGGACCUUUCUUCGCUCGUGAAAGAUUCCUUAGCGACAAAGACCGAGAUGACUGGCAAGAAGUCGUUAGAUCAGUCGUAUAGAGAAUCCAUGGUCUCGAAGGCAACCCAAACCAGCACUCCCACUACUAACUCUCAAAGAGUUGGGACGACCGCAAAUCCCUUUAAUGAUCCAGCAACGCAAGGCCAGGUAGCCAAAUCGGGUAUCACAGUUGACGAAAAUGUCAACUCAACUUUGGAUACUGUUAAAUAUGCGACUUGGACUCCCUCCCGGGUCAGUCAAUCAUCAAGGCUGGCGACUCCUCAGACACCUGUCACCUAUCGCCGUCAGCAUUUCUCUGUUCUCCCUGAGAUUGAGUGCUCUACCUCUUCUCUUAUCGACGACUGGUACCAGACUCUGCAGGGUGUUGUUGUCCCCGACCCCAUGUGGUCUGCUCCCGAUGCCGUCAUCCGCAGGGGCCAGGUCCUCGUUCCUCCCAAUGCCCAGCUCACCCAAGCCGGAGCCGACACGCCUACCCGUCCCCCCGCUCAGGUCAGGCGCGGCCCUCGUCUCAUCAGGCGCGCCCCCGUUCGCUUCUCGGCCUAUAAUCCCGAUCAGUGGAAGCCCCCGCCGGAGUGGCAGAUUAUCCAUUUCUCCAACAAGCCUCUUCCCAUCCCUGCUCGUGAAUCCAUCUACAGUCAGGAAGGAGAAGAUGAGAGGGAGGCUAUGGCUUUGCUACUAGCCGAACGCGAAGCUCGUCGUUCUCGUGCUAGGGCUUCCCGGGUCUCUGGGCUCACUUCCCUGGACAAGAAGGCUCUAAGCCAGAUCUGCGAGGUUUCUUCCAAGGGCAAGGCACCCGCCCAGAACGUGAUCUAA